UGUAUUCCUUCCUCACUCAAGCAGUCGCCGCUGCCGUUUUUGCUCCGAGCAUUUUGAUUUUGUGAGGAUGGUGAGGGUUAGCGUUUUAAACGAUGCUCUUAAGUGCAUGUACAAUGCUGAGAAGAGGGGGAAAAGACAGGUCAUGAUUAGGCCUUCUUCAAAAGUUAUCAUCAAGUUUCUUAUUGUUAUGCAGAAACAUGGAUAUAUUGGUGAGUUCGAAUAUGUCGAUGACCACAGAUCAGGGAAGAUUGUUGUGGAACUGAAUGGACGUUUGAACAAAUGUGGGGUCAUCAGUCCUCGCUUUGACGUUGGUGUCAAGGAGAUUGAGCCCUGGACUGCAAGACUUCUUCCGUCAAGACAGUUUGGGUACAUUGUGUUGACCACAUCGGCUGGAAUCAUGGACCACGAAGAAGCUAGGAGGAAGAACGUUGGUGGUAAAGUGCUCGGUUUCUUCUACUAAAUCUUUUUAAGAUUUUGAUGAUCAAAUGGUAUUUUUAGGCUAGGGCUUGAAAGAAUGAAUGAUGUUUAUGUUUUCGAGAUUGGAUUUUUGUUAAGGUGAGAUCAUGAUUUUGGUUUGAUGUUGAAGACAUUUUCAUAUCAUAGGUUUCAAAUUUUCUGGUGUUCACUUUUGGAUCAAGUAUUUGUCACCCUCAAUAUUAAGACAUUUUAUUUAGUCUUCA